CAACGUUCAAGCAUCGUGCACGCUUUAAUGGAUGUUGAAGGUCAAACAGGAACCGCCACAUUUGUUAGAGCUAUCGUUCUUCUGUGCGAUAAACUGUUGACGGAAAAAGGUAGAAAACAGGGCAUUUCCUUUAUGGCGCGUACAACAAUUUCAAAGGAGGCAGCAGAUGUUGGAAGAUUUCACAAAUUUGGAACUUUCAGGCGAAGUUGUCUUCAUGUAAUGGUGACAAAGGUUGCGCCAAUACUAAGUGGAAUAAUUGCCUACCUCGAUACAAACAGAAACUUUGAUCUAGCUGAAACUUUAACCGAUUGGAAGAGGGAACUUUGGCUAAGGUUUGUUAACAACCCGGAAGCGUUACAACUCAGGUUUGCAGACAUACAGACUUUACUUGGGACAGAAGUAACUGAAGAUUUUACAAUGACAACUGGCUUCGAAGGACAUGAAUUUGGCUGUAAAUUUCCAUUUUCGUGGGUGAUAAUACACACAUUUACAGCAAUUUUAGAUGAACCGGGAUUAAAACAAGGAGGGACUCUGACAAAGGAGAUCGAAAGCUACACAGAAAUUCUGCGGAAUCAUGCGAUUGGAAACAUUUUGAAUGCAUUCGGAGAACCAAUGAGUUCGUUCUGUGAUGAUGCAUUGAUAUGUUAUUUGCAUGAUUUGAUUCACUCCAUAUACACUCCAACGUCAGAAGAAGAAGUGCCACUCGUUUCGUCUAUGGUAUUGGCUCAAACGCAAGAACUUCUUGGGAAAUCAAAAAGAACGGGAAUGCUUGUCCCAGCUUUGGUUUGCGCACACAUUGCUUGUCGAGAACUCGGACAAAAAAUUUCCAGCUUUCAAACAAUGAACAAUGUAUGGCCUGAAUGCAUGCAAGCCAUUUCAAAAUGUCGGAAUUCGAAUCCGGGGAGCUUUCUUGUGAAACAGAAUGACUGCACAUUCUUGGCGCUGAACCUUUUAUCAGAACUUUUAAAACCUCGGGACGAAAGGCAGCUCAACAACUUCACAACGGGAUCUGAAUGGAUGACAAUUGUCUCAAUUUACGGCCCAAUUAUCGAGAAAACUAUGCAACUCUACAAAAUCAACCAAAUAACUUCUACCCACCCGUUACAGAACAACCUCAGAAACAUAAGGUCUUUAUGGACAAGAAGUCAGGUUGUACAUUUGUACGUUGAGAUAGUAAAGUACGAUAGUUUUGCUGCGAAUAGCCCUGGAAAUUUGUGGAAGCGACUUGGAGAUGACUGCGACCUAAGACAAUACGAGUCGUUUAAAGCCUUGGAGUCCUUUCUGAAUGACAGCAAUCAAGAAAUGUUGCGGAGAAUUUAUGGGCAAAUACAUGAUUGUGUCGUUUGCAAGAGGCAAAUUCAAGGAGUCCCGUUAUUUCCGAUGUGCAUGCACGCUUUUUGUUACAAAUGUACGCCAGGAAGGACAACGACUUUCAGAUGUCCAGUUUGCAAAGAUGUUAAUGCUCCUUUGAAGCCAAAGGAUGCUCAACGACACCAGGAAAUGGCAGAAAAGAUUACCGUAUUUCAAAAGCGAACUAAUAGCUUUCUUCUAGAUGUCGUAUCCCAGUUUUGUUUUGCCAAAGGCAUUUCUCCUACUGACCGCGUGCUUGAAAAACUAUUUGAGUACAUUGUUUGCAUUGAUAAGGAAGGCAAAAAGCACACAAAAUCUUUGACAGUGUUUGAGACUGGUGCUGACCAGAUACCUGUAGUGCGAUCCUUUCUCUUGCAACUCAUUCUACAGUCGGAUCAUGACUUCAUGACGAGAAAUCUAAAAAGAUAUUUAACAAGUGCCAAUCGCAUGAUUUCUACAGAAAAUAGAUGUCAGCUUUGUCUGCUGGUUGUACACUGUCUUGAGGAUAAACUGGAAAGAGAGAUCUACCAAGAAGACAAUACCAUUUCCAAGUUGAAAGCAUUGUCCCGAAAUAUGUCAGUUGCUUCGGAAUUUCUGGAAGGAAAAAAAGAAGAUGUUGAUGUGUUACAAGGGAUAGCAAUGGCAAGAGUGAGCUUAUCAUUUGUCGCAAAAAUACUUGCAAACGAUGACACAAUUGCAAAUGAUGCCUCUAUCAAAAUAGUCCGGGAUGCAAAAAAGCUUUGCCAACAAAAUAAAAACAAGUGGAUUAGAAAUUAUCUAGUGAAACAAAUCUGUAGGCGUCACGGAUUGGAAACUUACGAGAGGCUUGCGAACUCAAAAGAGGAAAUUAGAAAUUGGGUGAAAUUAGAUGAACAGCCAAAUGCGCAAGAAGAUAGCUGCGUUGACAGAUUCUUGCUGUAUGGAGAAGAGUACACAAAAUUCCGAUUUGCUCUGAAAAAGGUAGCAGAAAAUGAUGUGUCGGAUCUUGAUAGCAUCCUUAUGACCAUGAAGGGAAGUGUUGCUGAUGUUGCAUUAGAGCUUUCCAUUUUUCGCGCUUUGACAAACUUUCAUGGUAACAAAAUCGAGAGGAAUUCGGUGUUUCGGAAUCGAAUAGACGCAUACAUAUCAACUUCAAAAAGGAGGAGCUUGAAGGAUAUUCUUACCAAGCGCAUUCAGUUGCCAAAGAGAAGAACAGAAUCAGAGUUGACAUAUUUAAUUGUUCAUUUCAACUCUGUAAUGUCAAAUGUUGCCUACGACAAAACACUGACAUUUGUAUUUGGGGCCUUGAUCUCAGGAGAGGAUCGUAUUCAGAAAAUGUUCUUGCCUACAAUGCCAGAAGACAACUUUGAAGACAUGCAAAAAAAUUUUAAAAGAGCAUUCACAUCAGAAGAUAUUCACUUCUAUAAAUGUCCAAAUGGCCAUCCAUACGUAAUUGGAAAUUGCGGGAGAGCAUUCGUCGUUUCAACAUGCCCAGAGUGCGGUCGAAAAAUUGGCGGACAAGCUCAUAAGUUGCUGAAAGACAACGCUGAAUUAACCAGGAAUGACAAACCAGUCCCGCAGAUUGGUCACAUAAUAGGACCGGCACGUAAAGAUGGCAGUAUUUCACCCGUUCGUGAACUUUCAUCUCUACAGCGCGCAAUGAUUCGGUUCCUUCUGCACACAUCAAUGUUUGUCGGAAACCUCAAUCAUCCCGACCAGAUCCGGGCGAUCAUAGUUCCAAAUACAAAUAAAGUUUGCGAUUUUGUAUGGACACACUUAAUAAACGAUGUCAAUGCAAUCAGAGAAAUUUUGGGUAAAAGUAUUGACGAGGUUUACACACUUCUACACAUCCUCAUCCGCAAACUUUUGGAUAAAUGCCACGGAGAGAAAAAGCGUAAACUUGAUUUCUACAAACUACAAACAAAACAAGACCGAUUGGAAUGGGAAAAACAAUUCUGUACACACUACUUGAAGCCGUUUCUCAAGGAAUUGAAUCCAUCUCUUGACAAGGCAAACGUUCAAAUUUCUUCGGAAAAGGAUCGUAGUAAGCUUCUGGCGAUGGUAUACGAACUUGAUGAACAUUUGGCAGUGUCUCCAUAUACGGCAGUUUCGGACCAUCUACAGAAUGUCCCUAUUAUGUGGCGUUUUCGAAUACCAGUAUCUGUUGAACACAUGCUGCAGGAUCUGGAGACUGUUGCAGAUGACGGCCUUCAAGUUAUCAAGUUAUUUAUGAAGGAAGAAAAGGUGCUUAGAAUGCUACGAAAUGUACCAAACAUUUUGAGACUUCAGAAGCUCUUGAUAGAAAAAUACUACAGAAAAUUCGAAAGGUCUGAGGCAAAACAAAUCAAAGUGAAGCAGGCUUUGUCAGAAUUUCCAGACCACAGAUUUAUUCACAAGUAUUAUCAAGACUUCAUAGAUUCUUUGGAUGCAUGCAAACAAGAGUUACAAUACUAUGCAUUUGCCACUCCAGAUGGACUGAAAGCUGUGCCAGAUGACUUAUGCAAUACAUCCUUUAAUGAUGAAAGCAGUCUGUCAUUCUUCCUGCCUUCUUACAAGGACGACGGGUUGAUUGCUUAUGCCCUUCUGUCAUAUCUGUUCAGAAAGCAGAACGAUAUGUUAGAGCAAUGUUCGAAGCUUUUGUCAAUUGAAAAAAAAGAGGUUGUUUUUCCUUCUGAUGUCACCGAUGCCCAUCUAAUAAGCUAUGAUCUGUAUCACGAUUUGCUACCAAUAAUACAUGCAAACGGUCAAUAUUCUCUUGAAAUGGGACAAGGGACAAAGAUUGAAUACGACUUUGAAGCGAUGCAAAGGAAACUUGUGAGCAGGUUCAUCUUGCCAAAAUCCAUCGUUGAAAUGUCUACUGGCUUGCAGAUCGACCUAAUGGUCUACAAAACAGAGCUUUCAAGCAUUUCUGUUUUUUCGAUGAUUGACGAAACAAUACCUCAGCAAGAGUUGGAUGUCAGUGCAAAAAAUCAAAUCUGCUCCGAGUUUAGAACCAUUCAAGAUGUCUGUUCCUCUAUCGAUCACCUUGACAUUAUGGUGAACGUUUUGAAGACCGUUGGCGGGAAGGCAAACGAGAAUCUUGACCUGUUUAUGAGAGAAAAGCUUCAUAUGACUAAAACAUUUACGAGUGAAAAGGCUAGAAGUAUAUGCAACCUUGAACAUGUGAAGUCAUUAUGGCUUUUGAUGUCAUUCCGAAGAAACAUGCUUUUAGUCGAACAUGGGCGCUCUGUUCAGGACGUGUUCGAGCAUUUGCCCGAUAAAUAUCGAGAUGAAAUGCCAACCGUCGUCGAACAAUCUCUUCAAAAGAACCUUAAAAAGGUCAGCAUCGAGAAGUUGUUGCGAUUACUGGAAGCACUACACGAAUUCAUGACUAUCAUUUUAGGUCAUGGCGACAACAAUGAUAACGAAGAAAUAGAUGAUACAAACAUUAGCCUUUGCGUGGGGAUGAUAGCGUAUGCAAAUGAUGACCUUUAUAUUGAACUGGUGUAUGAUCCACUGCCAAAAGAAGUUCUUUAUAGGCACAGCGUUCCGGCCUGGAUACAUAUUGCAACCCAGCUUCGCACAAAUGAGCGAAAGCACCAACAUGUGACAAAUAAGUAGUUAAGAGUAUUCAUGUGCAUAUUCUGAACCGGGUUUCUUCGGAAACUCACCUCAUACUGAAUAUAAAUCUGUAAAUAGACUCCCAAAUGCUUACAAUGUUGAUUUUUUUCAAUCCGUUUUACUUUAUACUUUUUUCGUUUCAAAAGUAUCAUUACUCCAUUAAUUGAUUGUUAUUCGUUGUUACAUUUGCUUCCUUGUACCGGUCAUCGUUCUUUUAAACAUUUUUUUUCAUUUUCCAUCAUGCUUAUGUCUUAUG